CCAAGCUUUCGCAGCUCUGUGAUGAAGCAGGGAAGGAUGCGGAAAGCGAAAUUUAACGGUCCUUUACACGCCUUUUAAGUACAUAACGACGUUUAUAAGAAGAUAGAGAGUCAGACAGAGCCGACGAUAUGAUUUUAGCGGGAUACUUUGCGAUUUUCUUCGUAAUUUCGUGGGUCGGAGCAGCUAAGGAAGGAGGGGACGAUGAGUGGGUUCAUCUUCCUAACAAAUGUGAAGUGUGUAAGUUUGUCACCAUCGAGAUGAAGAUGGCGUUCGAGGAGACGGGGAAGACCAAGGAAGUCAUCGGCAUGAACUACCACUUCAUAGACAACAAGGGGGCGAAGCCAACCAAAUACAUCUACUCAGACCUCAGAUUCAUCGAGGUCAUAGAAAAUGUGUGUCAGAGGCUGCUGGAAUACAGUCUGCACAAAGAGAGGACCGGGAGUAACCGCUUUGCCAAGGGCAUGUCGGAGACCUUCUCCACCCUUCAUGGCCUGGUGAAUAAAGGAGUGAACGUGGUGAUGGAUAUUCCCUUCGAGCUGUGGAACGAGACUUCAGCAGAGGUGGCCGACCUUAAAAAGCAGUGUGACGUGAUGGUGGAGCAGUAUGAGGACGUGAUUGAGGACUGGUACAAAGGAAACCAGGAGGAAGACCUGACCACGUAUCUGUGUGAGAAACAUGUUCUCAAAGGACAGGACACAGCCUGCCUGAGUGAGGCCUGGUCAAAGGAGACAAAGAAGGGAGACCAGGCAGCCAUUGCGGAGGACAAGAAGAAGAAGAAAAAGAAGAAGGGAGGGAAGAAGGGAAAGGGAAAGAGCGAGGAGGGCGAGGAGGGAAAGGACGGCGGCUCGGAGGGAGAGAAGGCGACCAAGAAGAAGAAAGAGAAGAAGGUGAAGAAGAAGAAAAAGGGCAAAGCUCCGCUGGAGAAGAUGGAUGGAGGGGUGUCGUCAGAUGAGGAGAUCCAGCCACAAGUGCCUCUGUCCGGGCAGAAGACGGAGCUGUGAGCCCUGGUUUCUGUCUGGACCUGGAUCAGCUCUAAGUACAGUAAACUCUUAGUAAAAGCAGCUUCUUCAAACAUCUGCAGCUCGUCAUCACCGAGGUUCAAAGCCUCGAGUCCGAUCCUGAACUGUUACAUUUGGUUUUUAAAGUCUUCAUUUCAGAGUCUGCUGGUCUGGAACGUGUUUUUUUUUUUUUAAUUUGAUGGUCUUGAUACAACCCGCAAGAACCCUGAACAACUUCGCUGAAGAGUUCAUUCCAGUUCAUUACAACACCGAGGUGUUAUCUUCACGUUUCUGUCGUUAAUUACUAUAAAACAGUAGUGCUGAACACAAAAAUAAUGAGCUGUACUUCACUGGAUUAUAUGAUUGUAAGUUUAAUAUCGUGGAGUUUUGGUGUGUUGGUCUGACAACAAAAGCAAUCUGAAGACGUCACCUUGAAGUCAAUGAAAUGGUCCAUCAGUUAAUUGAAAAGUCAUUAUGUACAGCCACACUGGAUUCCUCUGCCUGUUGAUGUACGUACGCCAACAUGCCGUUCAAACCUGUGUCAGUAUCGCAGUAUUUAGACGACUCUGGAGAACAGAGCUCCAGGGCUGUAAGGGGAAUUUUCUCUCUUUCAGUUGAAUGUCGAUGCAGAUCUGCAGCUUUCAUACUGCGUCUCCUCACAAUGUGAAUUUGUAUGUUUCUUCACAUUUCUGGUACUUUUUAAUCAUUUGUUUUGGUUUCAUUUUCUGGAAACGCUCACAUUGCGUCGCCCGAGAAGGUUGAGACUCGAACAGAGAAAAGCGUUUCCUUUUAUUGUAAAGUGUCUGUCCUGGAUUUUAACCGUCGCGAGCGAUGCGGAGCAGAUCAUUGCUUCGUGUCCUCUGUGAAGUCUCAGAUUCAGUAAAAUUCCCCUUUAAUGAGUAAAUACAACAGGAGCUACCUUUUUAGUGUUUCUUUAAUUAUUUGAUGAUUAUAAUUUUUCAUUCAUUGUUUUGCCUCGUGAAUGUGUGUGUGUGUGUUUGUGUUUGUGCUGUACAAAAGCUGCUAUUUAAGGCGAGCGUGUUUGUGUGCGCUUGGUGACCCCUGAGCUUACGAUGAAGGUUAGCGUGUGUAUGUGUGUUUUUUGCAGUUUUGUGUGUGUGUGUUUUUACAGAUUUUUAUUCUGAUGUGAAAUGCUGGCUGUGUUGUAUUCGAGUUGCUUUUUGAAACCAUGAGCAGACACAUCAGUGGAUCAAUAAACACAGGUUUGAAAAC